CCGCAGCUGAUUCCGUGUGCACGUGUGCAAAGUAACGUGUUACAUCAGGUUAGAAAUCAAGAGUUUGUGAAUAAAGAUGGUAAAAGUGUGUGAGGUAUUUGGUUGUACAACAACAGAAAAAGAUGGACUAUGUAUGCAUAAAUUUCCUAAGAAGAAUGUGGAACAUCGAAAUGCGUGGGUAGCUUGGAUUACUCGUAACCGUCCCGGGUGGAGUCUAAAAUGUAAUAGCAGAGUUUGUGAGUUGCACUUUGUUCCUGAGGAUUAUGUAGAGAACACAAGAGGAAAUGGAAUUCUUCGAAGGCUGAAAACAUCUGCUAUUCCCUCAUUGCAAGUAGAGGGAAUUGAAAAUAGUGAAAAUCAUUGUAAUACGAAAACUAUAUACGAAGAUUUCGACAAACUGUACAAUGCUUGAAAGAUGUAACAAAUAUCCCUAUUAUAGGUAGUAAAGAAACUCAUUACUAUGACACAAAUUUCCUCUUGCUCCAAAGCAACUAGUUAUGACACUGACAUUUCAGUGGAUGAGCUCGAAAGUAUUAAUAUAAAUUUCUUUGACGUGUCAAAACAAUUGGCAACUGAAAAAUGCCAAAAAAAGGAGGUUAAAACAUUCAUGGAAGCUUCAUCAGCUAUUCAUGUACAUACCAGAACUGACAUAUGUCCAUUUAAACUUGUUAGAUAAGUGGG